CCUACAUUUAUUUAAUAAUUUUGGAGGGAGAAAUAAAGUGGUGGUGUGGAGCAGGGACAUCACACUCUCUGGAGCACAAGCAGGGAGCGCAGCACCUUGUCAGCCGAAUUAAGUUCAUAACAAGCAACCGUCUUCCGGAGAAACGUCGUAUUUUCUACAAAGCGGACCCGACGCGCAUUUUGUUUGUCUGGACUCCAACUGUGUGGUGACCCAAGGAACCAAACACUGGUCACAGAUGGACUGGCUCACACCUGAGAUGUGAAGUGUGUUAUGUGAGCCAAGGUGUUUUCCCACCUCGCUGGUGGUGGGGAGAGAUGCUGCACUCCGUUGCCAUGACAGCAGAGGUUCUCUUUGUUCUCUGGUUCCUGAUGAGCAGUGCCCGGAGUAAUCCUAUAACAACCUUACCCGUUAGCCGGGAACAUCUGGAAAGGGUGCUGACCCAGGCCAAGGAGGACAAAGCGUCCCCUAAGCAGCUGCAACCUGAGGACAACAAUACUUUAGGUCUAAACAGAACUGGUGUGAGCCGUGCCAGACCGAAUCUUAGCUCCCAGUCGCGGUGGUCUAAGGGUGGGAAGUCCCAAGAGCUGUUGACUGAGCAAGACAGCCUGAACCAAAUAGAUGUGGGCCCUACGAGUGACGUCACCCUCUCCUUGGAAGCCAUCGAUGAGUAUGCCUACCCAGACUACAGGGGUAAAGGCUGCAUGGAUGAGAGUGGCUUUGUAUUCGCCAUCGGUGAGCAGUUCACCCCAGGCCCUUCCACGUGCCCUUGCCUCUGUACAGAUGAAGGUCCUCUGUGCAGCAAGCCUGAUUGUCCCAGGGUGCACCCUCGCUGCGUUAAAGUGGACACCAGUCAGUGCUGCCCGCAAUGCAAGGAGAAAAAGAACUACUGUGAAUUUCGGGGAAAGGUCUACGCUUCACUAGAGGAGUUUAAGGUGUCUCCAUGUGAGAAAUGCAGAUGCGAGCCAAGCGGGGAGGUAUUGUGUUCUGUGUCGGCUUGUCCUCAGACAGAGUGUGUUGACCCUGAAUAUGAGCCGGACCAGUGUUGUCCAAUCUGCAAAAGCGGUUACAGGUUGUAGCUAAUACUGCUUGAUGACCCUGUCAAAUGGCGAAACGAAACAAGCCAAAGUGAGAAAAAGCAGUUCUUUUCAGGUGGACUGGUUGUCUGGGUAUGUGCAAACAAAAGAACAAGCAGUGAAACUGGGUGUUUUUUUUCAUUUUCGAAUGAGAAAGGGACGCUUUAUAAAACAUGCUGCAAAGCCAAAGAAGCAAGCACGUUUUGGGAGUGAAAAGUGCGGAGUGAAUAUGUGGUGUAACUGUGCAUGUUUUACUGCCGUGCUUCUUUUUGAUGGCCAGGAAUGGCCAGAGUGUUCCGCUGCCUUUGUGUUGCUGAAGGAACUGGAAGGUCUGUUAAUUUAAUUUAUUUUUAAUUUCAAGUAAAUUUGCAGGAUAAAACAGUGGCACAAUAGGCUGCUUUAAAUCAGAAAGUCAAAUAGGGAAACUAGAAAAUAAAUGGAAAAUGAAAUGAUGAACUAUGGGUUUUCUACAAGAUUAAUGGUUAAUUCCAUGAGAUCAUUGCUUGUUUAGUCUGAGAUUGAGAACGACAUUGUGGAAUCUUCCUUGCUGUCUGUUUGAAACCAGUCAUAUAUAAAAUAUGACAGAAUGGAAGUUCACAGUUCUGAGGUUUUUUAGGAAUUGGACAGGUGCAAGGCUACAGUGUGCACGUCUGAUGCCGCUCACAGAGGUCCAAGGAAUUUUGCCAGGGAUACUAGUUUUUGAGUAUACUCAGAUAUUGUACUUGAAAAAUUUGAUUUAAAAUUAGAUUCUGACUAAUACUACACUUACAUGUAGAGCAUUUCUGCAUUUGUUGCAUUAACUAUAUUCAUCAUUUGAUAUAAAACCAUAGUAGUAGGACAUUGGAUAAAUGUCUUGUUGUCAUUAUCAUCAAAAUAUGUUGUCAAAACCACCUCAAAACACAAUACCUGAAUACAUGCAGGGUGUGACAGACAUUUUAGCAACACAUACCCAUGAUGUCAGCUUUACUGCACAUGCGGUUUUAUGUUUGUAGUAUUUAGCAUUAGAAAUGAGGCUGUGAAACGCUUAUCCCUUACAGAGUACCAAAAUGGAGGAGGAUGUUUGUUGCUUUAAGGUACAAAAUGGAAAAGGAGAUACGAUUUCCUAUUGUCACAAACAAAUACCUAUUAAGAGAUGAAUUUUAAGGAAGGUGAUUAUGAAAUGAUAUGGGGCAUUGGGUUUUGACUGAGCAAUGAUAGGAAAACUAGUGCCAAAAACGGUAUCAGGUAAACGGUGAUUCCCACCAUACAUAUACUGUAGCCUAUGCUUGCUUUGGAAAUUAAUAUUCUUAAUAGUAAUAAUGAUUCUUUAUUUUCAACUAAUUAUUCUUUCAAAAAUGUCAAUCACUGUUUUCCAAACUCAAAGCUAAUAUCUGUGAAUAUCUAGUUUUGCCUAAAGCACAAAGAUAAUACUAGGUUGCUUUUAUGGAUGGCAAAGGAAUUAAAAUAUAUUCACGUUUGUGAGGAUAUUUACAUUUGAAAAACUAUUAAUUGAAUACCAAAAUAGUAAUCGAUUAAUUGGAUGAUUGAUUAAUCAUUGAUUUACUGAUUAAUUGCUGUAGCUCUGUUGUAAACUGUGGACAGAAACAGGUCUUGUCUGGUGACCACAAUCGCAUUUUCAUGUCUUUUCAUUGUUCAUCGAACAACAAACAACAUGAUUCAUACAGUUAUAUACAAUGGAUCUUUAAAAUACAUUCAUUCAUUCAUUCAUUCAUUUUCUACCGCUUUUUCCUCACGGGGGUCGCGGGGGGUGCUGGAGCCUAUCCCAGCUGUCUUUAAAAUACAUUAUAUGACAUUUAAAUAUGAUAUAUACCUAGAUGCUAUGUUUUUCUCACUGAUGUCUCUUUAACUGUGUAUACCAAAUAGAGCAAUAAAAUAUUAUUAUUGACCUUUUUUAUAUGAGACAGAAGUGUUUGACCAACUAAGCUCAAGUGACCUCUCAGGUGCACCAACGUGCCAAAAAUAUUAAUUGCAUGCCUUGCCAUUAAUAGUGAGGACAAAGUUGCAUCAGCACGCAUCCUCGAAUACUCCUGUCACACUUCAGCUACAUCUGUUAAUCACAGAUGGUUGGGGUAAAGGAUAUUUGUUGUAAAAAAAAAAAAGAAAAACACUGACUUUCAGGUCACGCAUUUAUCUUCAGUGUAACAAGCAUUUUGUUUUCGAUCAAGAUCAUAUAAAGUAUGAGGGAAGAUGAUAAAGUGUUCACCUUGCCACGUGUCAGGGCCUGUGGAUGGAAUAAAACACUUUUGUAUUACAAGUGAGGUUAUACAGUAUAUUCAAUAUAUAAUAUAUUCAGUAUUAGAGUUGUAACGUCAGCUUAGUGUUUGGUUUGUACAUUUUUUCCCGCGGGAUGGCAAUGAGUUUGUGCCGGUGUUGGCUCGGGAGAGUUGGGAGAGUAGGGGGGUUGAUAUAAUGACAUCAUUGCCUAGUUUGCAUAAUCAGUUGUGAUGCAUUUGCAUGGAAUUGUAAUGGACAUUGUAGGAGAGAGGAAUAACGUCUUCUGAGACACAAAGUGGAUAAAAUAUAUGACAGCACAACAAAUAUGGUAAGAAAAUACAACAUGGAAUUUGGUCAAUCAUUCACAAUCCUUAUGUGCAAAAUGAACACGUAUUUAUUUCCUUUUUCUGUGCAUUAUAACACGUGUUAAUAUGAGUUAGCACAGAGGUGGGCAAACUUUCUUGACAUGCGGGCCACAAUGGGUUAAAGGGGCCGUCUAUAUAUAGGCAGCAUCAAUCAGAAUGACAUACUUGCUCACGGAGCAAUGAAACAAACACACAAGACAUCCACAACACGUUAACGCAAAACACAUAAAUCAACAGCGCUAAACAUAACAUGUAACUUAAAAAUGUUAUUUCCACAUGCCCUCAACACAUGCUGGGUAGUUCAGCUGCAACGAAGAGCUACCCAGCAUGCCUUGCGGUGGGAAUAUAUGGGUGUUUAGAAAUGCCCAGUGUGCUGGAUUAAGACACAUGGCAGGCGUCAUGUGGCCCGUGGGCCGCAGUUUGCCCGUCCCUGAGUUAGCAUCAAACUAGGUAUUUCCCAUCACGCCCGUUGUUAGCUAGCUCAUAUUAACUCCUUUUCUUAUUUCCCUUUCAAAGGGAAAUAAAUAUGUGUUCAUUUCCCAAACAGUGCAGUUCCCCUUAAAGGUUACAUUUACCUUCAUUGAAAACGGUAGAGUUCACAAACCUUUACUGUGGUUCACGACCACCUUCCUGUUUUCAGUCACAUCAAGAAUCAUGUCCUCAGUAAAGGUAAAAGUAACCUUAAAGUUUCAUCUAUCCCUUUCACUUCACUUUAUUCAUGUGCAUUUACUGUAUAUGAGUUAAUUGUUUCUGCAUGUCAAACUACAAUUGUAAAUCUUGAAAACUGUGUUUUGUGUUAACAUUUUUGGCUUUCUGGAAGAGAUUAGGCUGCACAACGGUCGAGUGGUUAGCGCGCAUACCUCGCAGCUCGGAGACUCUGUGUGGAGUUUGCAUGUUCUGCAUGUGUGGGUUUUGUCCGGCUUCCUCCCACAUUCCAAAAACAUGCUAGGUUAAUUGGCCACUCCAAAUUGUCCAUAGGUAUGAACGUGAGUGUGAAUGGUUGUUUGUCUAUAUGUGCCCUGUGAUUGGCUGUCCACCAGUCCAGGGUGGACCCCGCCUGUUGCCCGAAGACAGCUGGGAUAAGUGGUAGAAAAUGAAUGAAUGAAUGAAUGGAAGAGAUUAAUUAGAUUUGCUGUAUUUCUUAUGGGAAACGAUUCAGUGAACAUCUGUUUCAGUUAGAGUAAUUCUGCAACAAAUUAAUUACCCUAAACAAGGUUCCACUGUCUAUAGACUGUUAUGACAUCCGGGUUCAAAUCUUCAUUGGAACAUCUCCGCGGGGAGGAUGCACGUCUUCCCAUGCGUGUGUGUUUUUUUUCUUUUUUUCAGAUAAUUCCUCCCAUCCAAAACAUGCAUGUUAGGCUAAUUGGAGACUCGAAAUUAUUCACAGUGAGGAAAUGAAGUUGCUUUCUAUAUCUGCCCUGCGAUUGACUGUAGCCUACCUCUCACCCAAAACUCACCUGGGAUAGGCCAUAAGCUAAUAAGGACAAACAAGAUGGAUGUAUGAAAUACCCAACUGUCAUUAAGGGGACCCAUAUGAUCUGUGUGGGAGUUGGCUGCCACUUCCUCCCACAUAACCUGAACCAUGUAUGUAAUAUUCACAUUUUUACAAUAUACACAUUUUUUUUUCUAUUUCCAUAUUUAUCUGAUAAUACAACAAACUCCAUCCA